GUUUGUUUAACGAUAUACAUCCCAAACAAGGCGAUAAAUAGUCUUUUUUGGUUGUUUGUAUAAUUAUGUACUACAACUAAAAAUGAACAAUGUACAUUGCAAAAGACAAAUCGACAGAGAGCGCUGUUUCCUUACUUUCACAUUUUCUUUCAUGCCGCUAUUUGCGGACCACUCUUGAUGACGUAAUGACGUAGGGCAUGUUACGCGGCGCGGCAAUGUUUUCAUGAGCACAAAAACAAUCAUGAUUAUUUGAAUAAGUAUGUUACAACUUGAUAGUGUAUUACUUACGUAAUAGUGUAUUAUGCUAUAAAAAGUACAUUUUACUAAAGUGUGAGAACAGCAUAUAAUUAUCAGCAUUUAUUUAUUCGAAUUAUUGCGGAUUUGUGUGUUCUAGUUUGCGUUUCUGUGAUUCAUCUCAUCGUGCCUUAACAAAAACUAGGACAAAACGUCUGCCGUUUAAAGAAAUCCGUGACACUGAAGUAAUAGAUUGUACUGUCACCUUAGGUUUGUUUCAAAGUUUCAAGGGCAAGUUCCUAAACCCAUGACUGUUUCAGUUGAGUGUGAAUGUUGAAACCUUCAUACACACAGGCAGUUUAUUGUGGGUAUUUUAGCCAUGCUGCAGUCCUUCAAGCUCUUCAACAACUGUAAUCUGGUGUUUUCUCGCUCCUGCUCCGGAUAUGUGUCUCGAACGAGGUAUCUUAUGAGAUUAAAGGAAGAUGAUGAGGCGUGCCGAGAGGCGCUGAAAUUUGCCAAUGUUUUACUGUAUCAUAAACUCGCUCCUCUGCUGCAGAAGACCAGAAGUGGGGUUUGCAAAGUGGCUUCUUUCAAAACCGCAGAUUUGGAACAAAUUCUUGAGAAGGUUGGAAAGGACAAACACUUUAUUAAUGAAUCACUUCUUCUGGGAUGCACCGACAAGAGUGAACCCCAGUUCUCUCUGGAAGUGGGUGAAGUAGAGCGCAGUGCAUUGGAACAGGAGUGCAGAGGUACAUUUGUGGACCUCCGGAAAGCUUUCUUCAUGAUAACUCCAUCAGAGUCUGCUCUUGCUGCAAAAGGCCAAGCUCUCCUCCGAUGGCACCAGACCAAUGGCUUCUGUAGUGCCACAGGGCAGCCCACCACCAGGAACCAAUCAGGAAGUUUUAGAGUUUGCCAAAGCAGUGGUAUCACCUACUACCCUAAAAUGUCUCCAGUGGUGAUUGUUCUGGUGUCUGAUGGGAGCAGGUGUCUGCUGGCGCGACAGGCCAUGUUUCCUCCAGGCAUGUACAGCGCACUCUCUGGCUUCUGUGACAUGGGAGAGUCAGUGGAGGAGGCGCUGCACAGAGAGGUGGCAGAAGAGGUGGGGUUAGAGGUGGAGAAUCUUCAGUACUCUGGAUCACAGCACUGGCCAUUCCCACAAAGCUCCUUUAUGUUAGCCUGUCACGCCACGGUAAACCCAAACAAAACACAGGUGAAUAUAGACAAGGCUGAACUUGAGGAUGCUCGCUGGUUCACUUUAGAAGAAAUAACAACAGCACUGCAGAAUCCUCCACGCAACCCAAGAGAACAGCCACCUGUGUUCUGGGUCCCACCUUCAUAUGCCAUUGCCAAUCAGCUCAUUCGGGAAUGGGCCAAUCAGCAGCAACUAUUAAGAAGCACACAUAGACUCAAGUUUAGGAUGGAUCAACAACAGAGGUUUUCACACUGCAUGACUUUACAAUAGGAAGAACCACAGACAACUUUGUCUUGGUCCACAAACUACGUCUAACAACUAAACACACGUAAGUGACAUGGAAACAAUUUGAGGUCACAUAGUAUAUGUUUUGUUAACUACAUAAUGAGAAAGAAGCCUUUAGUGGGGUAGAAAGGGAAAUAAGGGAAAUAAGGAUUUUUCACUUUUUUCUCUUUUGAUCUGGUUGUGGUAUUGCUCAGAUGACACGUCAAACAGAAACGGGUG